UUAUUAUUAUCAUUUGACACAGGUUUGUUUCAAGGAACUUGUAACUCUGACUCCUGAGAAUAUCCAGAUUGUUGUGAAGAACCUUUCCUCUGAGUUCUGGACCGGCCUCCGCAAACGUGCCGUCAACUCCAUCAACCAGUCCACGAUCUACCCCUUUGACGACAACUCCACCUUCUGGUCUCGUUGGGCCAACGGAGACCCCCUGACCUUUCAGAACUGGUACCCUGGAUACCCCGUGUUCAAAUCCCCUGAGCCCAAACAGAACUGCUGCAGCUGCUCCUGUACCUGCCCUGCCCCGCCUACCCCGCCUACCCCACGUCCUACGACCGCCGUCACACAGAAUGUUACACCUACGUACAACUCAUCCCUCUUCAACAUGACCAUGACGACACAGAGAGGUGUUUUUAAUAGUAGUGUAAUGGCAAAUAACUCUUUCCUAGGUACUACUACUUCCCUAGAAAACACAACUUUACCAGUAACAAGUGUGGGGACAAAUGACUCUCAAAGUAUUCCAAGUACUAGUGUAAAUGGCUCAGUUGAAAAUACUACUACAGUUACAAGUAUGCGUUCUUUAUAUGUUCUAACUGCCACUACCCAAAAAGUUAGUGUACAAUUAAAUUACUCUGUUGUAGGUACAACUAUACUGAGGACUGUUUCGCCCCCAUUUACCUCUGCUGUAGUCAGUCCCAUAGAAGCUGAGUGCAUGAAAACACCAAUGCAGUACCAAGAUCCUGAGCCUGAGCUAAACAAGAACUACAUAGAGGAUCCCUGCGUGGCUAUACUCAGCUUUGGAGCUUGGGUUGAAAAAAAAUGUGAGGAGCGUCUGCCCUUCAUCUGUUAUGAAGACAGGUUCUAUGGCCAUGUAAAUGUGACGGAAAUAACAUCUGAAAGUGCUACCUUGACAUGGGAGAGUGGACCCGGCGAUAUUGAACAUUACCGUGUGAAAUACAAUAAUAAAACAAUUGAAGAAAACAUCACAGCAUUGAAUACUUCCCUCAAAGAUCUGAAAGCUGGGACCUUCUACUCAGUGAAAGUGUUUCCUGUGAAAUGUGGGCGACCCCUCUAUCCAGAGAAUGGCACCUUCUACACAGUGCCAAACCCAGUAUCAGAUCUCCAGGUUGUAAACAUGACUGAAAGAUGUGUGUAUCUGAGGUGGAACGCAUCUGUGGACAAAGUGGACAAGUAUUUGAUCCACACAGAAAAAAAAACAACUGAAACUGAGAACACAGAAGUAAACAUUUGUGAUUUAACCCCAGGGAAUUUGCACAACUUCAAAGUCCAAGCUGGAGUCAGUGACAACUCCCAGUGGAGUGCGAACAGCACCAUCUCUGCAUAUACCAAGCCUGCAAAAGUGUCUAACCUACAUACGUCAGAGAUCAAGGAUGCGACUAUUACUCUUGAAUGGGACAAACCUGAAGGAAAUGUCUCAGAUUAUUUGGUAAAUUGGUCUUACUACAAUGGGACAGAUAUAUCAUGUGAUAAGGAAGAGAAAAAUACUAUAUUCAUAAUCAGUAAUCUUCCCAGUGGCACCAGGAUUAAAAUGAGCGUAAUCGCACGGGCAAAUCACACUCUGAAAGGAGAGAGGGUGACCGUGGUCAACUUCACAGCUCCAGAGAAAAUUACAAACCUAAAUCUUACUAGCACAGAAGACACCAUCACUGCCGAGUGGAAAUACCCUGCAGGGUCCCCUAAUUUUACUAUUGAACUGGAGCAUGAAAAUCAAGUAGUUAAAACAGAAAACAUCAAUAAAACCAGUGUGGAGUUUCGAAAUCUGAAUGGUGCAGCCAACUACACUGUGACGGUCCGCAGUGUGAGCGGAGGGGUACCAAGCGAUGAAGUCAAAAUGUCUAUCUACACCUUGCCAGUUACUCCCCGUAAUCCUCGACUCAAAACGAAAAAUGAAACUCACCUCACCUUCACGUGGGACCCCCCUCCGAAUACAAUGACAGUUGUCUAUAAGGUGACCCUGAACUCAAGCUUCUGGAGCUUUCAUCAGGAGAAGAUUUUGAACAAUAAGACAAUGUACACUUUUGAGGGUUUGAAAUCAGGGACCAACUACACCUUUACGGUUCAGACCAAAGCUGCUAAAGAGCUGAGUGAAGCUGCAACACUGAGAGCUCCUACAGAUCCUGUUCUGAAGGAGAUCACUUUGUCCAUGGUUUGCUCCUCUAAACAAUCUUUGCUCUGUGAUGCCAGUAACACGAGAGACAUCGCGCUUGAGAAGUUGAACUCCCUCUUUGAAGCUCUGCUGGGGGACAGUGUUGCCUGGAGUCUGAAAAAACAGGAGUCUGUAAACCCUGGAAACUAAUAUACAGUAUGAUUGUUUCCAUGGGUAUGUUUUUGCUUCGUCUAUGUUCCAUUGUGUGACACUAAACUUAAAGCAUGUAUCUCCGUGGAGACCAGCAGAUAACACCAUCAGGCCAAGGUUCUGUGAAUGUAUACGGGAGAGUAAAUGGAAGUUUUUGUAUGUUUCACUGUGACUGCGAUUAGAGAUGCACUGAUUCAUCUUUUUCUGUUCCUAUACCGAUGUUGAUAUUUUGGCAACUUCUCUGGUGGAGGGUCCCGCACCUGCUUGUCUCCAUGUUAUUGCUUUGCCUGGAAUGUUCCAUGGUAUGACAUUAAACAUAUUCAUCUAGCAUGUAUUAAUAAUAGAUGUUUCUAUACAUGCAUUCAGAAUUUUGGACAUCUGGUCAUCGCGUAAUGCAUACUGGGAAGGAUCCUCUGAAAAAGUGAGCAUCAAACCGCCAUGUUUGUUUUCCCAGUGGGAUGAGUCUAUUGUCAAAGCUGAUCUUUUCAAGUCUUUUGAACCAUAUCACUUUUGUUUCUGGUUCUGAUAUUGUCAUAUUUUAGUUAUGGGAUUCGGACAUCGUAAUUAUGUGAUUGUUGAAUGUCCUAACAGUGGAAAAUGGGCUUUGGAAGUUUUCUGAACUCCAUAAAUGCAAAAGGGAAUCAGAUCUGUGUGACUGCAAACCUCCAUUCAAACUGUUUCCCUUCCCAACGGAAUUGGAAAAAUAGUGAAAGGUGAAGGUGAUGGACAGUACUGAUACAAAGGAAGGACGAAAAAGGUAACCUUUGGCUGCUUAAGAAAUCAUCCCGAGUUUGCAGCAAACAUUUUGUUUGUGGAGCGUCAUCAAAGCAAAAUCCCGAUCCCGGUUUGAUGCACACUUUUUCGGAGGAUCCUUCCCAGUAUGCAUUGUGCUAUGACCGGAAGUCCGAAAUUCAGAAUGCAUGUAUUGCUCAAAAAUACAUUAAUUCCUUCUGUGAACAGGGGUGACUCUCCACCGAUCUGAACUGUAAUGUAGUGUUGUGCUAUAACCUGCUUGUCUCGCUCAUGAUAGAUCUAUCAGUACUGUGGAACAUUCUACACAAGCAAUAGCAUUUCCAUGGAGACAUGCAGAUAGCAGACCCUGCACUAGAAAUGUUACACUGUGCACCUAUAUCUGCCCAAACCUGAUAUCAACCAGUACCAAAAAUAUACAUUUUAUUUCCUUAAAAUGUUUCAAAUUUAGAACUGUUAUUUAUCAUUUAAAAUAACAACAAAACCGCCUUGAAAAAAAAGUUAAAUAAUAUGUAUAAUAAAUUUACUCUGAUUUAUAGACCAAAAUAGAAACUGAACCGAUACUUUGGGACCAAUAUCUGAUAUCUGAUUGAUGCAUUCCAAACUGGAUGUAGUCUGGUGUUUCUUGGGAUCCUUGCAUGUCAUAUGUGGGCGAUGUUUUGAGUAGAUUUUUUGGUAAAAUUUAAUAACUAAUUUAAUAAUUGUGAGAUAAGUAAGUUUAGUGCCAUAUAUUCCUGGCAAUUUAAUGGUUAAAAGUGGAUGGCUUGCACUAGAAUAGUUACACAGUACUCUUUUAAAUUACAUAUAAGUGUGGUGAGUGUUUAUCUAUAAAUAAUUGUUCUGUUUUAUACACAAUAUACAUAUGUUAUCUCAUUUUCCUUGUUAUUUUUAUUAGGCCUGUCACAAAAGCAAAUUUUUAAGUGUGGUAUUUUGAAAUAAACAUAGACGAUAAACUUUAAUACUGAAACAACGCUGUAACGCAGAAUUAUCCACAAAAAUAUUCAAAAUGUACAAUAUUGUUAAAAAAGCUAAAAAUCUGAUGAAUAAAUAGCAGAAUACAACACUUAAGUAGUUAGUUUGUGUCUAUAAUGACUCAGAAGUUAAUGAGAAGUUCAUAGUUUAAACUUCUAAAGAUUAAAUCUCAUCAUAGCACAGAAAAUUGACCCCAAAAAGUUAUUAUCGUGACAGGCCUAGUUUUUAUGUUGUGUCAUUUUCAAUUACAUAUUCCACAAUAAAUAGAACAGUCAUAAA